GGGGGUCACGUCAGCUGUAAGAGGACUGCAUGUUCUUCACAUGACAAAGGAAGCGAGCAAUACUCACUUCUGCUGCUGAGAGUAAAGUAUUUUCUUUUUUAUUCUUUUUGCAUUGAUCAGAUAUUGGAUCAUAUUCUUCACACGGUAAAAUCUGAAGCGACUGUUCUGCAAACGCACACGUUGCUGGCUCACAUCAGAGGCUUUAGUUAUUGGUCCAGAGAGGAGCGGUGUCAACCUCUGACGCAGCCGGAGCACCUAUCCGAGAGAGGGGACACUACCACCUGACGGCUCCAUCUCUCCACACGCCGGCCCGGUCUUUCCCAUCACGACUACAUUUGCUCCGCAGUGCACAAACUGCUGCGUUUUAUGGAAGCGGAGCCUGUGCAACCUGUCGUGGUCAUGCUGCCCCCGAAGAACUGCCUGCCGAGGAACUACAGCUGCAUAGCCGGACUCUUCGGGAGCCUGGCAGCGGCAAACCCACGGCUCGAAGAUGGGGAAGAUUUUGACAUGAUAAACGGUACUACCUGUGAAACCACCGAGUGCCCCGUGGUGGAAGAGAGACCACGGGGCAGAGAGAUCUUCCUAAAACCUCCACAGAGUCCGAACCUACGACGGAGAUGCAAGUCUCUGCCCACACCCACAGAGAGAGCGAAGUUAGAGAUCUCCAGAAGCAGAAGUCCGACCAGUCAGAAAAAGGUCCGGUUCGCUGACUCCCUGGGUCUGGAGCUCAUUUCAGUGAAGCAUUUCGAUGACACCGAUGAGCCAGAGGUGCCGGAACGCAUUUUGGCCAAACUACCCAAAGGACCCCUCCACCUGAAUCAUUUGGACACAAAGUUCCCUCGCGCUCCUGCGCAGUCUGUGUUCAUGGAGUUGCAGUUCACCAACCCAGGCACACUACCCGGCUUUGAGCAGAAAGUGAGGGAGGUAAAAGUCAUGUUAGAGACCGUGCAGGUGGAUGAAUUCAGCCUUUCCGGCUUUGUGCGCGUCUUGAAUCUGGCUUUUGAAAAGAGCGUCUCUUUGCGGUAUUCUCUCAACAACUGGAUAACAUUUAUGGACAGUCUGGCGUCCUAUGUCCCUGAGUCCAGCGACGGUGUCACUGAUAAGUUCUGUUUCAAGGUAGUCAUGCCUACUUACCUCGACAAUGGAGGCACAUUUCAAUUUGCAAUUAAAUACUGUGUGGGCGGACAGGAGUUCUGGGACAACAAUAAUGGGAACAACUACAAAGUGCGGCGUCACCGGUUCAAGAUGUCCCCACCUCGAGAAUGGGAGAACGGAUGGAUUCACUUUAUCUGAGCUUUAUUGUCUGCAGUGGCACACUGCGUGCGUAAUUUGCGCAUAACUGAUCUGAUCCCCGAGUACCUUUAGUAUGACUGUAGCUUGUUAAAGAUGAUGUUUUCUUUAUUGCCUUUGCCAGCUACACACAUGCUGUGAACCUGAAAGCAAUUCCCCAGAAUAAUUCGAAUAUUUGUAACAGAUUGAGCCGUGAAGACGUGAGCCUUUGAUAGGUGCCGGGUGAGUGAUGCUGUUAGAUAAUUUGCCUUGAUGUCAGGGCUCUCUGUGCAGCUUGGUGCCCUUUGAGAGGGCAUGUUCACGUUAUGUAAUGUUAGAGACACGUGCCACGGAAAACGUGCCGGGCAUGCCUACUUCAGGCAUCACAGUUCCUUCAGGGGAUGCUGUAAAAAUGAUUUGGUGCCGGGGAGAUGUUCAUAUUAUCGGUUUGUUUUGCAUGCGUGCAAAAAAUAUCAGCUUAAUGGGAAGCAGAAAGCAUCACAUCUUGGCUGAUCUGGAUGAAUCUAUAACAUAGUCCUCUUGUAAUCUCCUGCAGGCUGGGAGAACCACACACAUACACAAUGUCUUACUAGGUUGACAUCUGUGCAGGUUAUUUUGUAAAAAAAAAAAAAAAAGAAAGAAAGAAAAAUUAAAAAGAAAUAUCAAUGUAUAAUUUCCCACUGUCAUGCCAUGGAGAAUGCCUUAUUUUAAGCCUUGAUAUGGGAAGUUGUGCAUUGAAUGAUGUACAGUAUUUACUUCAUUAGGCUUAAAUAUACAAAAUCAUUAGAUGAUCAUCACCCUUAAAUUUACAUUUUAAAAUAAGGCCCCUUGGACAUGGAAAUUAAUUAGUGUUCAUUCUUAAAAGCCUGCAACCCAGGGACACCAUAUUCUGUCAUAAACCAGAACUUAAUGAUUCAACACCAAUGGUAUGUUUUAUUGCUGAAUUAAUGCAAAACAAUUUAGUUUAGACAAAUUAAACAUAUCAAGGAGGCCUAACCAAAAUAAAAAGAAACUGGAAAAAGUUUAAUUUAAAAAAAAGAAAAUCCUCAAAUUAUAUCUGCGUCAUGUGUAUUCCAUAAAAUCAUUAAGGCUAUGUUUAUAAAGAAUGCGCUUCAACGUUCUCAUACUUUAUUGUGAUAGGAAUGAAGCCCUUGAGCGAGGUUGUUGUCAAGGAAAAUAAAUCAAGUAGCAAUGUUUGCAAGGUUACAUUUACCUCAGAUUACUUCCGGACCUUCUCUCUUCUUCUUCAGGUUUAUACAACAGAUGUUAUUUUCAUGGUACUUUUUUUCUAAUGGAUGCAUUCAAGCAGAAUAGUAGUAUUGUACAUUUGCAGACUCAAAACACCAUGCAUAUUCAUUUUUAAUGUUCUUGAUUGCACUGUGGAACUUUUCAGCAAUGCUUUCUACAGACAAAGUAGCUAUUACACGGACGACUGUGUUUAACCGGCUGUAAAUGUACACCCUCAGUCACCACUGUGCAAGAAUAGUGCUGCUCCUCACACCCCACACGACCUUAAGUGUGGAACCACAAGACUUUUCUGAUAUUCUCGUCCUGUGACUCAUUACUUUCUGUACCAUACGCACUUGUUGAUGUUAUUCAGGUAGUCUGUUCUCUCCAGAAAUCGGCUCAUUUGUAUGUUAAAUUAAUGCAGUGGCAGGUAAUUUGUGAUCAUGUACUUUGCUGCAAACAGGCUUGCAUGUUGUAGGUACAUUAUUUUACCUAAAAGGCAAAUAUUCAUCAUGUUUUUAAUGUAUGAUAUUUUCAAUGUUUUUGAACAUGUAGAAAGUUGAGACUCCUGUUCAGCAAGUAGAGAAACAACAGGCGGGAUGCUUUUAAUUCCAGUGCUCUGACUGUAAUCUGAACAUCACUUUAUCCUUUGUUUACAUCAUCAUGGCAUCAAAGGGAGGCUCUCCAUUUAAUGAGGCCAUCAGGUUGGGAUGUGGAUAAAGACUAUUCCUGUAACCACUUAGAUUUUGGAGCAGUUCCACUGUGAAUCCAUCACUAAUGUUUGUCAUAAAAUCUGACAUGGCUUUAAAUGCUAAAAGUUGUUGGAUGGCCAGCACUGAGCUGAUAGUUGCUCUUUCACAUACAGAGUUGCAUUUUCUAUGUUUAUUUAAAUACAACCCUGAUUCCAAAAUAGCUGUGAUACUGUGGAAAAACUGGGAACUUUUUUUUCUGAAUUUGAUGCACUUUGAUUUUAUUACAUAGCAUCCCAACUUUUUGUGAAUCAGGGCUUUUCACUGUGGAUAUAAAAAGUCUGGCCCUAGCAGAGCUUACUGUGUGUUAUGUUAUUAAAUUAGUGGGUAUUUGCAUAUUGUCUGCUUUGUUCUGUGCGGACUUUGUUGAAGCAUUCAUGCUGUGCAAUAUCAGAAAGCAUUAAUUACCCGGUCUCAGGCUUCUGAUGCGGGUACUGAGAGAUGCAUCAAUACCAAUUAAUCACUGCCAACACAUUGUUUCUCAAUUUUAACCUUUUGGUUUCAACAAGUCCUGACAAGAUUUUCUCUGUUUAGAUGAUACUGUGCAGUUUGAGAUUGCUUGACAUAAAUGACUGUCUGAAGAUAGCGCUUACUUCAUUUUCCAUCACAUAUAACUCUUUGGUUUGAGUUGUAGCCUUGUACCUCUCACACUGCUGUUGUUAUUGGUGCAUCCCUACUUUCAAGAAAAUGAAGGGCUUCCAGUCUGAUUAGGUUUUUGCCUCAAUGUAAACAUAAUAUUUUGCAUCAGAACUCACUGAUAUAUAAAUAUGUAUGUAAAUGUGUUAAUGUUUAUAUUGAAUGUCUUCCUGUUAUUGUUCUAUGUUGUGUGUAUUUUGAAGCAUUUCAAGAGCAGAAUUGAGGGAUGUGGAUGGUAAAAGUUUGUAAUCUGAUGAUCCUGUGAAGUUGGAAAACGACAUAUGAGCCCGAACUUGAUGAAUUUCUAAAGCACAGUUACAGUUAGAUUUUCUCUAAAUGAUGUUUUACAUAUCAGUAUGAUACUGCAGAGUAUCCUCUGAAAUAUGUACCGAAAUGUGAGCAGUGUAUCUGAAUGAAAUGAAUACAUUGGAAACCCUGUAUGCACUAUAGGUCUACAUUGCCUUACUAAAUAUGAGUUUAUUUAGAGACACAAAGCAAAGAUGGAAGAAUGCAAGUGCUUGUUUGUUAUGAAAUAAUGUAAUUGGGCUCUGGACAUUGACAAGGGGACAAGGGAAAGAAAGGUAAUGCUAGACGGACUUUGGAGUUUGAUAAUUUUGGCAUGAGCGACUUAUGAUUGUAGCUGAUACUGAGCAGACUCAGUCAAAGCAGGUUUAAUGCACUUUGAUUGAGAACAGGGAAAAAAGGCAAGGUUGCAAGUAAUUAUAUAAAUGAAAGCUUAUCGUGUGAAUAGCUACUAACCAAGACAUUUUCCAUUCUUCGUCCUCUUUUAUUGCUCUCACUGUGGAAAGCCUAAAUCACCUCUGUCUUAUUUAUAACCACUGUACUGCACUGGAUUUAUUUUAGUGAGUUUUUGGGUUUUGUAAAUCCUAUGCAACCCCUUCUGUGUUGUUACAUCUGCAGUCACCCGACUGUGGUAAUCUAUAUUGUGUGCUGUCUUUUAUUUUGCAGUGAACAUUAACCAUGGUUGCAUGUACAGCUGUAACAUACCUUUAUUUUCAGUUAUUAAUGUAACCCAUAUUUUGUUAAAACAAUGGUUAAUAAAGGCAUUUGUGAAGGAAA